AUGGCUACCAUUGAAAAGACAACUCAUUACUCACAGGUCCUGGAAGGAGGGACAGAGCACAUCACAAAGGCCACGCGGGGAGUGCCCAGGCUGGCCAGCAGACAGCGGGAGAGCCUCCUCUGUGGUUUCUGGGAAGCGGUGGGUAAAGAUCCUGAGACGGCCUGCAACCUGGCCUAUGGUGGGAAGAUUGAGGAACUGAAGAUUGAAGGACAGCCGAAUGACAAAUCCCUGGCUACUAGAACGGACCAGGACAGCAGAACUGCAUUGCACUGGGCGUGCUCAGCUGGACAUACAGAAAUUGUUGAGUUCUUGCUACAGCUUGGAGUGCCAGUGAAUGCUAAAGACGAUGCAGGGUGGUCUCCUCUUCAUAUUGCUGAUUCUACUGGCCGGGAUGAGAUUGUAAAAGCCCUCCUGGGAAAAGGUGCUCGAGUGAAUGCUGUCAGUCAAAAUGGCUGUACUCCCCUACAUUACGCAGCUUCCAAAAACAGGCAUGAGAUUGCUGUCAUGUUGCUAGGAGGCGGGGCUAAUCCAGACACUAAGGACCAUUAUGAGGCUACAGCAAUGCACCAAGCAGCAGCCAAGGGUAACCUGAAGAUGAUUCAUAUCCUUCUGUACUACAAAGCAUCUGCAAACAUCCAAGACACUGAGGGUAACACUCCUCUGCACUUGGCCUGUGACGAGGACAGAGUGGAAGAAGCAAAACUGCUGGUGUCUCAAGGAGCAAGUAUUUACAUUGAGAAUAAAGAAGAAAAGACAGCCCUGCAAGUGGCCAAAUGUGGCCUGAGUUUAACACCCCUGCAAGUGGCCAAACGUGGCCUGGGUUUAAUACUCAAGAGAAUGGUGGAAGGUUAA